AUGCAACGGAAGUUGGAAAUGUUGGAAGCCAAGGAACACGACAAUGUGGCUGUGGUCUCACCAGCCGAUGCGUCCCAAGCAUCUCCUUCUCUCCAAAGGUCACAUUACGUCGGAGACGGGAGCGGCUCAGACAUGUUUCACCGUGUUUCAGCCAGUGCCAAUACUGUUGAAGCUCGAGCCAAAGUCCUAGAGCAGUUGAACAAGCAUUCUCUCAGGAAGCCGCCUCCUAUUCCCAGUCAUAUCUUGCCAUCAUUCGAGCUCGCAAAUAAGUUAGUCGAUUGCUAG